AGCAAACCUUCUUCCCUGGGCUCAGAAGGGACCACCGUUGCCGCCGCCUCGGCUUCUACGAUCUGCGUUCGAGCUAAACGGCCACGCCGGCCGCCCCUGCGGCACCCCCGGUGCCUGGCUCUGUCCGUAUUCGUUCCCAGGCGUCCGCCGCGGUUCCAGUAGCGGUCGCGGCCGACAUGUUGUGAGGCGGCGGCGCGGGUGUCUGAAGGAUGGUUCGGCAGAGGCGGCGGCAACGGCUGCUGGCGGCGGCGGCAGCGGGGGCUCGGGCUCUGUAGAGCCGAGCCCGGUGGGUGUCCGCCCGGUCCUGCGGCGAGGCCAGUGCCCCUGGAUCUUGCCUCUGCUCCAGCGUCGUUGGGGACUUGGUUAGGCGACAGCGCCCGCCCCUCUGAGAGGAUACCGAAGGUGGUUCUCCAGCCAAUUUCCAGACCAUCGUGCUUUCUCCUCCCUAGCUUGAGCAGUGCUGUCCCCAGAACCCCCCUCUUCCUCCGACUUUCUCCCCAAACUCGCCCUAAAUCACACACCAGAGGGCUCCCCGCCCUCUCGAGGGCGCGCUCCUCCCCCUUCCUCAUUUUUCUACACCCUCUUCAGAGCGCCCCCCGGCAUCAGGGCGGCCUUUUGACAAAUUUCCGUGGAGUAGGGGACCAGGGCCGGGGAGUUUUUUUGAAAAGUCGGGGCGCGCGGGAGACAAGAAGGUACGAUGGCUUCCUCGUCUGGCAACGAUGAUGAUCUCACGAUCCCUCGAGCUGCUAUCAAUAAGAUGAUCAAAGAGACUCUGCCCAAUGUCCGGGUGGCCAACGAUGCCCGAGAGCUGGUGGUGAACUGCUGCACUGAAUUCAUUCACCUUAUAUCUUCUGAAGCCAACGAGAUUUGCAACAAAUCGGAAAAGAAGACCAUCUCGCCGGAGCACGUCAUCCAAGCACUAGAAAGUUUGGGCUUUGGUUCUUACAUCAGUGAAGUAAAAGAAGUCUUACAAGAAUGCAAGACUGUAGCAUUAAAAAGAAGAAAGGCCAGUUCUCGUUUGGAAAACCUUGGCAUUCCUGAAGAGGAGUUAUUGAGGCAACAACAAGAAUUAUUUGCAAAAGCUAGACAGCAACAAGCAGAAUUGGCCCAACAGGAAUGGCUUCAAAUGCAGCAGGCUGCCCAACAAGCCCAGCUUGCUGCUGCCUCAGCCAGUGCGUCCAAUCAGGCAGGAUCUUCUCAGGAUGAAGAAGACGAUGAUGAUAUCUGAAAUUCAGCAGCUGAGUUUCUAUUUCCUCUAUAAAUGUUUUUCCAUGCACAACAAAACAGUGAAAGAAAUGCUUAUCUGUAAUUUUGUAUGCAUCUUGGUGGACUUACCAUUGGUAUCCUAGAGAUGUCUGCUGUUAAAUCUCAUCUAUUGUGUGCUAUAUAUGUAAAAACUGUCUCUUUGAACUAUUGAAAAUUUAAGGUUCAGUAUAAUAUCAAUUUUGAAUUUUUAAUGGUGUUUAUGAAAUUUUAGAUAGCAGUGAAUCCUUUAUUUGAUCAAUAAACAGUGUUACAGAAAACCUCGAGUUUAUAAUAAUACAGUGAAAUUUAUACAGAAGCUCUUAAUCUACAUUUGUGUUUCCUUUGCCCUUUUAACUAAACUAAAAAUUCGGAAUUUUAAAUUAUUGGGAGGGGUACUGUGUGAGGCAGUAGACAUUGGAUCAGGUUGGUAAAAAAAUAGUUCAGUUCUAUAGUAUCUGAAUUUUUUGUCUUUUAAAAUGAGUAAAUAUAUAUGCUCAGAUAAAUAUACUUGUUGAGAAAAACUUCAAAAUAAGACAUUCAAAAAUGAGGAAGAAGUAUGUUUAAUACUGGUUGUAUAAAUUUGGUGUGGGUUAUGUUUUUGAUUUUGUUUCAUUUUGUGUAAAGAUAAAAGCUAUAGUUUUAAUAUGGCAUAAUUCAUCUUGAGCUACACUAUUACAUUUCAAAGACUGCCCAGUUUUGAGGACUGUCAUGAUUCUUACUGUUUCACUCCAGUUCAAUAAUUGUUAAUAGUAUUACUUGCAUAUAGUCCUUCCAUGUUUAUAUUAUUCAAAAUAUAUAGGUGGGACUUGUGAAACAAUUGCUUGCGUUCUGAGGUUUAACUGAGGUUCGUUAAUAGUCAAAGCUUUGCUAGGGGAAAGAAAUGAAAGUUAAGGAGCAUGCUUGUUAUGAAAGAGGGUUUUGUUUUUUAAUUUAACUUAUAGUUUACUUAUUGUUUGUUUUUAGCAUUAUAUUUGCAUUUUCUUGACUAGAUGGCCUAGAGAGUCCAAUGCUACCUUUUGAAAUGGCAUCAUCGUCCCCUUCAUCAUAAUUGAGUGAUAGCUUUAAGAUUGGUUUUGUUUAAGAAAGCGUGUCAUAACUGAUCAGCCCUAUGUGAAACAUAGUUUCAACCUGCUCGUAAAAAGGGAGAAGCUUUAAUUUGAUUCCAAUAAAGUGUGGUAGUGAUUAUUAUAGGAAUCCAGUGUGUUGAAGAAAUGGCAUAUUUGUAUUUUGGAACCAGAAAGGAAAAGCCACUUAAGGUAGUAUGAAGUAAUUAAAUUUCUGUCAAUUGCCAAAUCAUUUAAAUUUCUAUAUUACCAAGCCCAAAAAUAGAUUGUGGCUGCCAGGAUUCCAAUUUUAAUUGGAAGGUAUAUAAGUAAAGUAUUAAAUUUCUUAAUGAUCAUAUUUUCAUGGUUUUAGAUAAAGGAAAAUCUUGUACAUUUAUUAAGGACACUUUCCUGUAUAACAAAAAGGUUAAUUUUGCUGAAUGUUUUAAGUUGAAGUUACUUCAUGGAUGUCAUAUGCAUGAAGUGCAUUUGGAUGAGGUAGGAGGAAUUGUUUUUUAAAAAGUUUAAGUACCAAAGGUAGUCUAGUCUAGAGAAAUAAUAAGUUAAUAAGUGUUGGCUUUUCUAAUUUGUACUGUAACAUCCUUAUACUUUCUAUUUUAAGUAUAUCUUUCUCAAGUAAACUUAGAUAUUUUUCCAUACCUUUUUUCUUUCUGAUGCAGAAUUCAGGUUAAUUAUAUUUUACUGCAUCUGAUAAUGUAUUAUAUGUUUGAAGCCUAGUGACUUUUCGUUUUGACAUUCUUGUGAUUUCAUAUGCUGUAUUCUUCAAGCAAUAAAAUUCUGGUGUGUUUUAUAAA